AUGGAUCCACAGAGUAGCACCGGACGAAACACAGAUGUUGAGUUUGAAGACGCUCGAUCGGUCGGUGAUCAGGUUCAAUUAUCUGCGUAUCAAAGAGUUACGAUUGGCGAUGUUUUAAAUCCUAAUUCUACAAAUCCAAAUGCAAAUACAAAUACAAGUGGUGUAAAUGAGUGUUCGAAUGAUGAAAGGCUUUAUAUUCCAGAGGUUGAAGCAUCAGCUACACCUGUGGUUGGAAUGCAAUUUACCUCUCUCGAACAAGCAUACGUGUUUUACCAAACAUAUGCUAAGUUAGCUGGUUUUUCUACUCGGAAAGGUGGUGAAGUACACAGUGGUGGUAUAACCAAAACUAAGUAUAUUGUUUGUUCUAAAGAGGGACAUAAGCCAUUGUUUAUUGACGAUGCUUAUUCGAAGUCAAAAAAUCCAUUUAAAUCAAGGAACAGAGGGACCAUUAGAACUGGGUGCAAAGCUCAACUUAUGAUUUGCUUGGUGGAUGGUAGAUCAUAUACAGUCAAGAAAUUCGUUGAUGGCCAUAAUCAUAAGUUUGUUUGUCCACACCAUAUUCAUAUGCUGCCAGCUUACAGGCAAUUGUCAGAUGUCCAAGAGGAAAUGAUAUGGGAACUAGGCACUCUAAACCUUGGCCCUGUCAAAGCUUUUCAUAUAAUGAGUAAACGUUACGGUGGUUUCGAGAAUGUUGACCAAAAAAGAGAAUACUUAGUUGAUUUUUCGUUUGAAUAUUCUGUUGAUGAGGACAAACAGUUAACUAGUUUGUUCUGGGCCGAUGGGUUAUGCAAGCAUAACUUUAUGGAGUUCGGGGAUGUGAUAUCGUUUGAUUCUACUUUCAAAACAAACAAGUACAAGAUGGUGUUUGUUCCGUUCACUGGGAUCGACAACCACUGUCGAAAUGUAACCCUUGGAGCUGGGUUGUUGGCAUCAGAGAGCAUUGACUCUUAUAAAUGGCUUCUCAAUUCAUUUGUAAAGUCAUUUGAACGGCAGCCAAAGGUUUUAGUGACGGACCAAGACCCUACGAUGAAACAGGAUAUCGAGGGUGUUUUUACUACCAGCAGAUACAGAUUGUGCAUGUGGCACAUAAUGAAAAAAGGGGCAGAUAAGGUUGGACACGAGUUGUGCAACAAUGAUGGCUUUAAAAGGAAGAUGUGCGAUAUUGUAUGGACUGAUUCCAUUGAGCCAAAAGUGCGUUUCAAGAAUCUUGAAGAAGAUAGAUGGACAAAAGAUGUGGUUUCGAAUGAAUUAAACGCCACGUUUGAUGUAAAGGUGGAUGCUAAGGAUGAGCAAUACAAGGCUAAACAAAUUGCUCGCGAAAUUAUGUACACAUGGGAGUAUUUGAUUGAAAAAGAUCCCAGCCACAAAGUCAAUGAGGUCGAAGACGAAGACGAUAAAGAGGAAGAUGAGUUCGAAGAUUACAGUGGAGGGAGUGAUGAUGGUAGUAAAGAAGAUGUUUGGGAAGAGGUUUCAGAGGAUGAAGAUUAA